UAAAAGAAGACCGGGGAGAAAAAGAGGGCAGCGAUCGGACGGCCUUAACCAACAUCCUGUGUCUGUGUUUUUUUCGUAGAAUAGGGGAUUCAGUCAGAAAAUGGCUCUUUCCGUUGAUGAAAAGUACGAGUUGAUUACUCGAAAUUUACAUGAGGUUCUUGGUGGAGAUGCUAUCCGUGAAAUUUUAAAGGAACGUGAUCUCGAACUAUAUUUUGGUACUGCUCCCACUGGUCGUCCUCACUGUGGUUACUUUGUUCCUUUGAUGAAACUAGCGGACUUUUUGCAAGCCGGUGUCCACGUGAAAGUGCUUUUGGCUGAUGUUCAUGCUUUCUUAGAUAAUAUGAAAGCACCAAUGGAACUAGUUCAACAUCGUGUUCGCUAUUAUGAACUAGUCAUAAAGGCAAUUUUGAAGUCAUUGAAUGUCCCCAUUGAGAAGUUGCACUUUAUUGUUGGAUCUAGUUAUCAAUUGAAAGAAGAAUAUGCUUUGGAUAACUACCGUGCUUGUGCAGUCACUACAGAGCACGAUGCUAUGCGAGCUGGUGCUGAAGUCGUCAAACAGGUUGCCAGUCCUUUAAUUUCUAGCUUGAUGUACCCCGGUAUGCAAGCUCUUGAUGAGCAAUAUUUGAAUGUUGACGUUCAAUUUGGCGGUGUUGAUCAACGUAAAAUUUUUAUCUUGGCUGAGAAGCUUCUUCCUAUGAUGGGUUACAAGAAGCGCUCACAUCUCAUGAGCCCUAUGGUACCCAGCUUAGCAGGCGGUAAAAUGUCUGCUUCCGCAGGUGCUAAUGCUAAAAUUGAUUUGUUCGACGAACCCAAUGUCGUAAAGAAAAAGGUUCGUAGUGCUUUUUGUGAGCCUGGUGUUGUUGAAGACAAUGGAUGCCUUGCAUUUUUGAAGCAUGUUUCUUUUCCUGCAAUGAAGUUUCGUGGUGAAAAGGAAUUUGUCAUUGACCGUCCUGAAAAGUAUGGUGGUAAGAUUGUUUUUAACACAUAUGAGGAAGUGGAGAAAGCCUACGUAGAGCAGACUCUAGCUCCUCAAGAUUUGAAAGAUGGAUUACAAUCAUCCAUCAAUGCUUUACUUGCCACUGUUCAAGCUGAAUUGAAGUCUCAUCCUGAUAUGGAAGGAGUCAUUAAGUUGGCUUAUCCUGACCCAAAGGACGAGAAAAAGGCUAAGAAAGACAAGAAGAAAAAUGCUAAGAAGGAUGCUGCAAACAAGCAGCCUGAGACUGAAAAAAACACAAUCUUCCACUGAAGCUGCUACUGAAUCCUCGCAAGAGAAAUCUGUUAGUAACGCAGAGCAAAAAGCAUAAGCCUGUAGUAUCAGAACAGUUUUUCUUAAGGAUCUAGGUUGCACUGUGUAGUUUUAGUUUAGAGUUUGAAACGCGGUAAUGGUAAAAGAAAAGAUGCUUUGUUUCUGAUAAUACUUGGACAUUAGAAAUGGAUAUCUAGCCGAAAGCUUUCUUUUUGUAGAAUAAUUUUAUAUUUAAAGCAAUUCAAACCUGAAGUCUAGACGAGCUAAUACGGUUGGUAUUUCAGUAGAACAAAGUAACUG